AUGCAGCUCAUCGCCUCCCGGAGCCUGCCAAGGAGCUGCUGCCUGCAGUUCACCUUCAGAGCCCGCACCUUGCCGCAUGCCGGGCCGCUGCCACCUCCCGCAGGAGCCCAGAGGGGACCGGGCUCAGCCCCCGCAUCGCCCCUGGCUCCGGGGGAUGCGGGAAGGGUGGUCCGCGCUGCUGAGACCCUGGCGUGGGUGUCUUGUGGCAAGUGUGGCAACGGGCUGGGCCACGAGUUCCUCAACGAUGGGCCCAGGAGGGGGCAGUCCCGCUUCUGAAUAUUCAGCAGCUCGCUGAAGUUUGUCCCGAAAGGCAAAGAAGAGAAGGACCUGAAGGAGAAGUAA